CUCAAACACUGCUGAGGAGAGAGAGAGGAAGGGGGAGGAGAGAGGAGGAGAAGAAGGAGGGGAAAAAGGAAACCAGGAAUAGCAGGUUGGACAGAUGUGCGGAGUCAAGAGCUGGUGUUGCCAUCCAAAUCCCUGGGAACAGGCACAGAAUCAUCAUGUAGAGCUUCAAAGACGAAGAAUGAGAAUGCAGUGACUGCGGUUGUUGAGGAUCAACCUCAAGCAGAUGUGUGAGAAGAGCGGAAGCAUGCUGUGAAGCCAAAGCAUUUAUUUCCAGCCGCUGUCGCACCUCAGGAAACAUGUAUGCCUUCUAUUCUCUGCUGGUGUACAUCUUCUACACUGUUUUCAAAAAGGAGGAGGAGGCAGCACUCGAGGGGGCGUGCGGAGAAUCCCCGGAGGAGCCUGGCCAUGUUUCCAUGGAAACAGAGAGCAAGGGGAAGGGUAGCCACACCCCCAGGUUGGGUAAAAGAGGGUGUGCAAUUCUGAGUGAUUCAAGCAGCAGUAGUGAUAGCGAUGGGACGUCCCUCAGUGAUGAAGAUGACGAGUUUGAUGAAGGUCAAGGAUUACCUGCUAAAACACCAUUAACAGCUUUCCUGUCUUUCAAGCAAGAGGCAGAAAAGAGGAGAGCCACUAAUUCUCCUGCAGAGCCAAACGAAAGGGUGACAGAGUCUCCAUUGCUGUCCGUGAUGUCACACCUCCUGAGUUUCCUGGAGCAAUAUUCUCACCUGCAACAGCUGCAGCAGCAGGCGGAUCAGUACCGUCUGCAGCUGCGCAGACACCGCGUCCAGCACCGGAGGAAAAUGAAGGCCCUGCGUGCCUCCUACCGCCAGCGCCUCAGAGACAAGAACAGUGUGAUUAACAGCCUGGAGGAUGUGAUCGCUCAGCAGCAGAGCCCAUCGUCUGAAAAUGAGGGUGACUGCAUGCUUCCUGCAGCGUCUCCGGUUGGGCUGCAUACGUUGGUUCAGUCUCUCUGCGGGCUGCAAGUAGAGAAGAGUCAGCUGAGAGGAGAGCUGCGAUUACUUCAUUCCCAGAUCGAGCAGAGAGAGCAAGAUCGCCAUACUAACGUACAGGCUUUCCAGCAGCAGAUUGAUGAGCUGAAGAGCUGUAUUGAAGAAAGAGAAGAGGAGCUGUCGAAACUCAGAGUUGCAUCGGGAGUAACAGACUCAGAAAAACGAGUGCUUUGCUUAUCAGCAGAGAACGAGAGUUUGAAACACAGCCUCACGGUGACACAGGGUCUUCUGCAGCAGCUGUCAGUCAUCCCAUCCCAGUCCAGCUCCGUGCUCAUCAAGGAAAACGAGAACCUGCGCAGUCGCGUCCUGCAGCUGGAGAGUUCACUGCAGCAGCGGGCAGAGCAGCUGUCACGUCUGGAGCACCAGAGGGAGCAGAGCGACUGGAGAAAAGCAGAAGAGCUCAGGAGACGGGAGGAGAGCGUGAGAGAGCUGCGGCUAGAACUGGACAAAGAACGCAGCAAAGAGCCUGUGGUUAAAUAUGUUACUCAAACUGUGGAGGUUGAGUCACCUUCAACUCUACGCCAACUAUCCGAAGCCAAACAACAGAACGAACAGCUUUCUGAGAAGCUAAGCAAUCAGAAAGAUCGAUGUCGGCAGUUGGAGGAGAACAUCAGGCAUUCAGAUGAAGUCAGCUGCAGUUUGCAACACAAGAUCGCUGCGUACGAGAGGGAGAUUGGGACGUUAAGGGAGGAGCUGCUGAAGGAGAUUGGACAUCUUGAGGAAAAGAAAGAAGCGGCUGUGAAAGCGGCAGCUAACUGCUCUCAGGAGCACCUCCAGAGCCUGCAGGACCAGUUCAUAACCCUCCAGAAGCGUCUGAGUGCUCUGCCUCCCGCAUUACGCACCAUGAAGACAGAUUACGCCAGCCUACGCAGCCAGGUCCGCAACUUUUCUGACUUCUACGGAACAGCUAUCAAAGAAGCAAAGAAACAGAUUAUGGCAGCUAUAAAUGAGAUGUCAGAGGCCAACAAAGACCUUUUGGAAAAGUAUAGAAAGGAGGUAUCUCUCCGCAGGAAGUACCACGAGCAGCUGGUUGAACUUAAAGGUAAUAUCCGUGUGCUGUGCCGUGUAAAGCCAGUACUGAAGGAAGAUCAACAUGAAGAAGGCCAAGCAGUAGUUGUGACAACAGACCCCAAUAAUGAGUCUGCGCUCACAGUUUUAAGCAAAGGAAAAGCCAAAAACUUUGAGCUGGAUAAAGUCUUCCACCCUCAGGCCACUCAAGAAGAGGUGUUCCAGGAAAUUGAGCCACUCAUCACAUCCUGUAUAGAUGGAUAUCACGUUUGCAUCUUUGCUUAUGGCCAGACAGGAUCUGGCAAGACCCAUACUAUGGAGGGAACUGUUGAGAACCCCGGCAUCAACCAACGAGCCCUAAAACACCUGUUCAAUGAGAUUGAGGAAAGAAAAGACAUGUGGACAUACACUGUCAGUGUCAGCUCGGUGGAAAUUUACAACGAGGUCCUGAGAGAUCUGCUCAGUAAGGAUGGAGAGAAACUUGACAUCAAGAUCAACCCUGAUGGGACGGGUCAGCUUCAUGUGCCAGGACUCAGGGUCAUGGAGGUCAAAAGCUUCCAGCAUAUCAAGAAAAUUUUGGCCAUAGCUCGAAAGAACAGGAUUACAUUUGGAACGCAGAUGAACCAGCAUAGCUCUCGAUCUCACGCCUUGCUCACUGUGACUGUGCUGGGCACAGACCUCGCCAGUGGAGCCAAAACCACAGGCAAGCUGAAUCUUGUGGAUUUGGCUGGUUCUGAGAGGGUAUGGAAGUCUGGGGCAGAGGGGGAGAGAUUGAAGGAAGCCCAGAAUAUCAACCGCUCGCUGCUGGCUCUAGGAGAUGUGAUCCAGGCCUUGAAGGCGCACCAGACUCACAUACCCUUCAGGAACUCACGACUAACCUACCUGCUGCAGGACUCGCUGGGAAAAGGCAACAAAACUGCAAUGGUUGUUCAGAUUUCUUCCCUUGAGAGCAAUGUUGGAGAGACCCUGUGCUCGCUAAAAUUUGCCCAGCGAGUGUGUAAGGUGGAGCUGGGCCCCGCUGCACGAAAAAUUGAGACAGGUGGACAUAACGAAAGCAAAAAUUAACGUAUACCAUCAACCCUCACAAACACCUAAAUGGCAUCAGCUCAAGCACAGAUGGACAAGCCUAGCACUUUUCCAAUCCUAUUCAAGGGCUAACGUUCUGGAUACAUCUGUGAUGCCACAUAAGUUCCAGUUUCUUGCUAACUUACCUAGAAAUGGCUUUUCUACACCAGCUGAUCUGCAUGUCAAAGUCUCACCAACACCACCGAUAUCAAGACGCUACGUCACCGUAAGUUCAAGACAUUACAGAAAAUUCUCCACAGGGAAGACUGGGGAGGAUUUUUCAGUAAAUCUUGCAUAAAACAGCUUUGUGGAAUCACUACACAAGAGUAUCUCAUUGUGUAAUGCUUGAGGUUUUUACGGAUAUUUACUCAGAAACCUUUAAAUUGUUUGGUAUAAUAUAUAGUCUAGGAAGUAAUGGCCAAAUAAUGUCUUUUUUUUGUGUAUGUUUGGUGUGGACUUCUAUGAUUGUUAAGUGUGUUGAACCAGCCAAUGUCUUUUAUUAGGUUCAGAGGAUGUUCAGGCAAAUUGCACAAGAUUUUAUUUCUCUGACAGAGGUGGUGGUUUAGCGUUUCAAGGUCCAGGGUAAUAACAAUAAGGUCUCAUUUUCAACCAAUAGAGCCUCAUUUAUAAAGUGUGCUUACGCAGAUAUUUGAAAAUGGCUUCGACGUGGAAAAGUGUUUAUCGUCACGCCGGGGUCUGAGUAAUGUACUUAUCUUUUCUUGUCGAAGUGCUGAAGGGUUUUUCUUUUGGAAAGUAAGCAUUCUUGCAGCUCGCUGUUUUUAAUUAAAGGAUGAUAAAUGGCUACUUAGGAGUCGUUUUCAAGGCAGAGAGCUGUAACCAUUCAGUUGCGCAUCACUUCGAGAUCAGUUGCGAUUCAAAGAUUUCACAUUUGAAGAGGCGCGUGUUCAUUCUAUGAAUGACACGUAUGUGUAUUUGAGGGAUAAUUGCAAGAAUGUUUCUGCGCAACAUUUUAUAAGUGAGGCCCCUAACAAUGGUGAUUUAUGAACUGGCAGAUUUUUGAGUCAUUUGGUAACACCACUCUGUCACUGAAGGAGGAGAAAAAGCAAGGAUCUGGAUAAGAAACCAUCUGCUAAAGAUGAGAAAGAAUGUAUUAAUACUUCACAGCAUAUUGUGUGCAGUAGCACCUCUUAGUGGUCAGCAUCUCCUUUUUUUGGUUUUGGCCCAAAUGAGAGUGACCACACGGAACAAAAUUUUGCUGUUACCUUACGUUACUAAGCGUUAAUUAAAUAUUCAUUAAUUCGUAAUAAACAUAUCAAUAUCAAUGUAUUUAAAUUAUAUAUGAUGAUUAACUUUCUAGGAAUUUGAAGAUAAGUUUACGUUUAAUGUGAAAUUUUAUUAUUGGUCUUUUAGUUCUAGUCAUGUUACAGGAGGUGAGAAAUGCACUUUAUUGUCAAAAGAUUUGUGCCAUCCAUACAACUCGUCUUUUAACCAAAAACAUACUGUAUGUUUAUCCAUUUGUUUUGGGAAAAUUUGCAUCUUUUAAAUAAUGGCAGAAUAAUCCUGGAAAUAAAAUAAGCUGAGACUGAUUUAACUCUUCUUUAAUGUACUUGAUUUUAUUAAGUGCUUGAAGAGACUUGAGCCCAUGUACACACUAAUUUGUUUUAAAUAUCUUGAAACCAGAAUAAUGUACUGCAGUUUCAUCUGUACUGUUCUGCUCGAUUAUGAUAUUGUAUUCUUUUCUGUAAUCUGUCUGCUUUUAGAACUCUCAUAUUAAUGAGAAAAAUACCACACGAAAAUAUGAAUUUAGCCCUUCUUUAUCAGCAUUCAGGUUUUGUUUUAAAACAAGUGUACUGACAUUGAAAAAUGUUUUUAUCAUAAGGACCAGAAAGGAAAAAGACAGACAAUUUAGAAAAGAAAGAACUGUUUACUUAUAAACAACAAAAUAAUAAUAAAAAGGAAGUUGCCGUCUUUGUGUACUCUAUAUAAAAAUACAAAAACUCCUGUA